GAGACACCAGUAAGGAUGCAACCGUGCUGUGAAUCUGUAAAUGGCUCUUGCAUAAGGAGCAGCUGGUCAAACAGUACCCGUGUUUCCAUGUAUAUCUUCAUGGUUUGCAUUAUUCUAGCCACAGUGGUUGGAAAUUUGACAGUUAUUAUCUCGAUAUCACAUUUCAAGCAGCUCCAUACGCCUACUAACUUCCUGAUACUUUCAAUGGCUACAGUAGACUUCCUGCUGGGAUUCUUCAUCAUGCCUUGCAGUAUGGUGCGCUCUGUUGAGAACUGCUGGUAUUUUGGGGAGCUCUUCUGCAAGAUCCACACGAGCAUGGACAUUAUGUUGAGCACAGCUUCUAUUUUCCACCUUUCCUUCAUAUCCAUUGACCGUUACUAUGCUGUGUGUGAUCCUUUAAGAUACAAAUCCAAGAUAAAUACUUUUGUUAUUGUAGUCAUGGUGUUCAUAUGUUGGACAGUCCCUGCUGCUUUUGCUUUUGGGAUGAUCUUUCUAGACCUGAACUUGAGAGGGGCAGAAAAGAUUUAUAAUCAUGUCCAUUGUGCAGGAGAAUGCCUUCUCAUUUUUAGUGAAACUUCAGGUAUUGUGGCCUCUGUAGUAUCUUUUUACAUCCCUGGAUUUGUUAUGCUGUACAUCUAUAGGAAAAUAUACUCUGUAGCCAAGAAGCAGGCAAAAUCCAUUGAUGCAAUUAGCAAAACAAAGGUGCAAUUUGAAAUGAAGAAUCACAUUUCAUUCUGCAAAGAAGGGAAAGCUGCUAAGACAUUAGGCAUAAUAAUGGGAGUGUUUCUCAUCUGCUGGACUCCGUUCUUCUUCUUUACAGCUACCAAUCCAUUUAUGAAUUAUGUGAUACCUCCUAUUCUCAUCGAUGCUCUGGUUUGGUUUGGCUAUUUAAAUUCUACACUUAACCCAAUUGUUUAUGCAUUUUUUUACAUGUGGUUUCGCAGGGCAUUAAAAAUUAUUCUGUUUGGAAAAAUUUUUCAACAGGACUCUUCCAGGUCUCAUUUGUUUUCAGAUUAA